AUGUCCAACUCCCCCAUCCCACGCGAUGUUCACAACACCGUCAACAGCCUCAAGCCAUCCAUCUACAUCCUCCUCAAAGAAGACACACUGUAUUCCGUUCCCCCCGACACGUUUGAUGACGAGACCGCCCCAGUGUGGGCAGCUGUUCUCGUGAAUGGGGUCACGAAGACACUCACUCUCUUUCUGCCAUGCACCCCACUCGCGCUUGCCACGGUCUCGCGUGCGCGUGCAGAGAAGUGGCUUCACCAGGUGCUCGGGCCGCCGCUCGAGAACUGUGAGCUCCCCGAGGAGCAGUGCGGGCUGCUCUUGCAGCUCAUACUCGCUUUCCGCGCCUUUGUUCAAGAGGACGACAAUGUCGCCCACAUUCCCUUCGACUAUUUCGCCAAGGUCUUCAUCAGACACGCCCGCUCACUCAACACGCAUGAGCCAGCCACUGAGGUGCUUACGGCCCUCAGUCUCUUCUUGCUCGACAUCAUGCCCCAGGUUGUCUUCCCCGAGGAGGAAGACCUUGCACGUGUUCGUGCCCUCGCGAAUCCAGGGACUAUGGUGCCUGUGCUCGCCUCACCCUCUGCCAUUCCCCCGCAACCCUGCAGCGACGAGCCCACAUCAAGCUCAUCUGAUUUGGCAGCACCGUCCCUUCUUGGUAUCGACAUUCCUCUGUCAGCAACCCCCGUCCUCCCCGUGCCAUCUGCCUCCGCAUCUCCCGACACUUUCUCGCUGCCGAUCAACAGCUCCAUGCCCAACACCAGCUCCCCUGGUUCACCUCUCCUUGCCACGGCCACGGCCACUGGCCUCCCCAUUGAGGCGUCCUUUGCCGAUGCUGUCUCGAGCAUUGCGUCGCCCAGAGCUACCACCCACAGAGACGUCAUGGACUCUGCCCCAUUCUCCCCCGAUCCCAUCUCCCCCCACUACUCCGACAUCUCUUCCAUGCACUCCAACGUCGACAUGCAUGCUCGUCCUCCCUCGGCCGAGAGCUCUCCCUGGGGAACAGAUGCCGCCAUCGACUUCGUGGAUGCGCUCAAGCGUGCGGCCUUGUAUGCUGAGGUGGAUGGGGAGGUGGCAGCCGGGAUCCGUCGCGCCACGCCCUAUGCACAGGCAGACAUUGAGUUUGCGGACGCUCUUGAGCGUGCCGCCUUGUAUGUGGAGGUUGAUGCCGAGUACGCAGCUGAGAUUCACCAUGCGGUCACACAUGUUGAGCUCGCGCAUACGCUUGUUCGUGGUGUGCGCGAGAUGUCGUACGUGUGCUCGACCUCCAUCACCCCUCAUCUCCGCUCGCCGACAUGGAGUGCACGGAUUUGCGGGGUGAUGUAG